GGUUUGUCAGUACGUUUUUUUUUUAAGGAUAGACGAAGGCAGGACGGGGAAGGAGCGAUGGCGGUGGAGGAAUGACAAGUUCGCCAGUGUGCUUUUUAUUUCGAGGACACCGGGGAGACGUUGAUUGCCGGUCGGCACCCGUUAGGAGAUGACCGCCGUGUGAGAUCUGAGCCGAAAGUGUGUGAAAAUGAUCAGUGCCGAGAGCAAAGGCGAGAGGACGCUGAGGAGUGCGUCUCCUCACAGAAACGCGUACAAGUCCGACUUCCACGCCAUUAAGUGCUCUUUUGAUGGGACUAAGCCCAACAGCGCCUCCAGGUCCUGUGCGAAUGGAGCGAGUGACCCCCGGGAGGACACGAGGGGGCGACCGUUCGGCAACCGGGUGAACAAGAUAAAAAACAUUUUCCUGCAGUUGGACGGCCAGCAGCAGCAGGAGAGUCCGGACGCGAAACCCGCUCUAAAAACGGAUGCGUCUCAGGUCUGCUCGCUGCCAAAGUUCCCAGCCGGCACGCACAAAAGUAGCGUGAGCAGCCCUACCGGCUUGGAGCCGCCGAGCUUGGAACGCGCCCCGAAGGGGGACGAUGCCGAGAUAGACAAAGCGGCUCUGGCGGAGAAGUUCUCGGUGACUAGAAAGCUCUUUGAGAGAGGUAUAAAGGAGCAGCCCGCAGCGGAGUGGCCACCCCCUAGCAGGGCCCCCGGCCGCGGGCCCCAGGGGAGUCUGAGCGAGGAAAAAAGGGGCAGGAGAUCAGUUGCAACUCCGGAAAAUAGCAACCACAGCGUUGGUAAAGCAGAUGGGCGCUCUACCUCACUGGACCGAGGGCUGCAGGAAUGGGGUCAGGGGGAGGAAGACUCAAAACCGGGCAGUAAAUUAUCACUAAAUGCAGGCCCCAUGUCCCGCAGGCUGGAGCAUUUGUUGACGGACAGUGAUGUGGCUUCGUCUGAAACAGCGGAGAAGUUGUGUAGCCCUGUUGAAAGAUCACCGCCACCAGCUCCUGGUCGCAGAAGCACUCCCAAACCAACCUCGCCUUUCAAUGACCACUCACAAACACCAGCUGUCCCUAGUGAUGAUUGUAAAUCGGUUAACUCCCCCCAAAAUUCAGCCACACCGGGCAAUGACGUUACAUUCGAAUCGGGCUCGCAGGUCUCUCCAGUGUCACACAAACCUCUCGCCCCCACGGCCAGAACCUGUGAUGAACCUCCCUCUCUCUGUGACCCGUUCAGACGUUCGUCCUCGAGCAGCGCCGUUGUCAAACCACGUCCGCGUGGUGAGGAACACGACCCCGCUGGUCCUCCUCCCAAAGACCAAAAGGCUUUUGUCGGCAGUUUUUACAACCGGGUCAAGGGUCCUGACGUGUCUAAGAGUGAGCCGGGGGCGGACCGGCUCCCGUCAACCGACAGGCCGCUCCUGGAGUCCCCGGUGAGCCCAGACCCGGCGCGGGCAGGGGUGGUCCGGGCAGAGCUGGUGGUGGUCCAGAACGAGUCCUCUGAGAGCGACGAGGACAGGGUGGAAGAAGACGUUUUUGAAGAAGCGAUCCUGGAGAAGGAAGCCAGCGCGGAUACUACCCGGGGAGCUGAGAGUAUAUCCCCGUCAGUCCCAACGCCUCAGGACGCCUUGGAGAAGGGUGCAGAGGUCAGGGAGGAGCAUGUGGGGGGACCGAGAGCGGAGCCGUUGGAAGAAGACAGCACUGGGCAGUACGAUGAAGAGGAAGAGAGCGAACAAGAGGUCGGGGAUGAAAGUGGCGAAGAGUCUCCGACAUUUUAUAGCUUUGAGAACGCGGCGUUUGUGGACGACAGGGACACGGAAAGCACUCGGGACAAGAGUGAGGAAGAGGAGGAGGAGGAUGAUGGUGACAAUGAUGAGGAUGAUGAGGAGUAUGAUGAAGUUCCUGGCCUCUCAGAGGAUGAAGAGCUGUCUCCCAGGAGGACGAUCCGAUUCUCUACUGCACCAAUACGGGUGUUCAGCACCUACUCAAAUGAGGACUACGACCGGCACAACGACGAGGUGGAUCCAGUGGCAGCCUCGGCCGAGUAUGAGCUGGAGAAGCGUGUGGAGAAGAUGGACGUCUUCCCAGUGGAGAUGGCGAAAGGUGACAACGGGCUAGGCAUCAGCAUCAUAGGGAUGGGCGUAGGGGCCGACCAGGGCCUGGAGAAGCUCGGCAUCUUUGUCAAGACCAUCACAGAAGGCGGCGCAGCCGAGCGAGACGGCAGGAUCCAGGUGAACGACCAGAUCGUGGAGGUAGACGGCAUCAGCCUGGUGGGUGUGACGCAGCUGUUCGCUGCCACCGUCCUCAAGAACACCAAGGGCACUGUCAGGUUCCUGAUUGGCCGGGAGAAACCAGGAACGCAGAGCGAGGUGGCGCGGCUGAUCAGUGAGACGCUGGAGCAGGAGAGACACCAGCGGCAGCACGGGAGCGAGGAUCCGUAUGAACAGUCCACAGAGGAGGAUGAGCAUUACGAGGAGGACGAGGAAGAGGAAGAGGGCAUCGUGAGCUCGAGCUUUGGCAAGAGGGCAGAGCAGCUGUACGAUUUGCCCGAGAGCGAGGGCAUGUUCCUGCCUUCAAACAUGGACACGGUUCAACUCAGCUUCAGAUUCAAAGAGCUCCAGAAAAAACACAGCAUAGCCGAGACGGAACUGGAGCAGCUCCGAGAGAAGCUGAGGGAGGCGGAGAAGCAGCAGACCACAUGGGUGGAGAAGGAGGUGCAGCUGGAGAAGAGCAUGGAUGAGAACUCUCAGAGGAUCUUGUACAUGGAGAAGAGCUGGCUGGAGACCCAGGCCCUCUGCAAAGCCCUCAACGAGGAGCUGGCUGACACGCAGUGCCAGCACGAGGCCAUGGACAGAAAGUACACCAAAGCCAAGAAACUAUUGAAAGACUAUCAGCAGAAAGAGGUGGAGUUUACGAAGAGGGAGGAGGAGCUGAAGAAAGCUCUGGAGGAGAAGGACGCCUGGUACCAAGAGCAGCUAGAGAACCUCCAGCAGAGGGUAGCAGUCCUAGAAUCCUGUGGCAGGCCCCUGGUCUCCGCAAUAGAAAGCAGGAGUGAUGCAGAUACAACGUUGGACAAUAAGUCUUCAGACUUCCUGGAGGCUGACUUGAGAGACGCUGUCCCUGAGACCGAGCUUUUGGACAGCAGCGCCCAUCGGGCCAAAGGUCAGCUGGCCCAGAAAGCCCGGCGGCAGCGGCCAUCACGCAACAAACUCCGAGAGGGCGUUGGCUCGCCGUCGUCCCCUCCACAGUUUGAAGAGGAGUCCUCUUCUAGUCUCGAGAUCCCUCCCCACCGUAGGAGGUCAUUUCAGGAGAGUCUGUCCCUACCCGUGUCCUACCCAGAGAAUGGACAGACGGCCGAGCCCAGCCCAGGCCAGGCUGUGGGCGGGUCCAAAAACACAGAGCUCUCUGCCAUACCCACACUCUCGCCCCCUGCAGACAGCGCGGAGAUCCCCGUCUUCUCCCCACCCAAAGACUCCUCCCCCUCCGGCUUUCUCAGAAAUGUCAAAAAGAGAGAGUCCAAAGGAAAAAGCAAAGAGGUUAAAGACGAGUCUGGCGACGGGGCAGCAAAAUCCAAAAGGCGCUUCCCAGAUUUUGGUGGCCUCCGGAAGUCUGGAGGCAAAGGAAAGAAGCACGACAAAGAGUCCAAGAGGUCCUCUCUGGACAGCAGGGGCUCUGCAGAGCUGCUGGACGAACGCGGGGCCGACGUCUCGCCGGCCGAGUCACUGACGUCCAUCCCCACCUGCAUGCCCUUCUCUUGGUUCGGUGACAAGGAGAAGGAGCGCGAGCCGUGCGCAUCCUCCAGCAGUCUGACCAACACCGUCGCCCACCCUGAGCCCAGUGACCAGCGCGACUGCAAGAACAAGAAAAACCUCUCCUGGUCCUCUUUGUUCAGUCCGUCCUUAGAUUUGAGCUGGUCGAUUCUAGAUGAUGUAAGUCCUGCCAGUCCCAGGUCAGAAUUAGCAGGGCUAGUGGCCGAGCCCAGCCUGUCAGGCCGUGCCCACACUCUAACCUUCUCUUCUAGCGAGACACUGGACGAUGAGCCUUGCGCUGCGGGGAAGGACUACCAGUGGCAGACCCGCCCCGUCUCCGAGUGGACCACGCAGCAGGUCUGUCAUUGGCUCAUGGGCAUGAAUAUGGACCAGUACACCGCCGAGUUCACGGCCAAGGGUGUUGAUGGACAGCAGCUAAUGAACCUGGACAGCGACAGACUCAAAGGACUUGGCGUUGCUAGCCAAAGUGACCGUGCCAUGAUUAAGAAGAAGCUGAAGGACAUGAAAAAAGCACAGGAAAAACUGGAGAAACAGCGCGAGAAACGGGAGAAAGAAGCAAGACGAAGCGGGAGACUGCCAGCCAACAGUGAUUCCGUCUGCUGAGGCUAUUGUGUACUCUCUCUCUAGGUCUCUGUCUUCCCCUCUUUUUUUUUUUCUCUCCCAUUCUUUCUUGCGCUCUCUCUCCUUCUUCCUUCUUUGAAGCCCCGACACACACUACUGUUGAGCAGGACCAUGGUGACCGUGCUUUGUGCCUGGGCUGUGGGCGGUGUGCUCUCGGUGAGACAUGUUUGCCCGGUCGGCAUGACCCUCUCAACAUGGAGUCGGUCCGUCAUGCGUUGCCGAGGCAGAACGUGCAUAGGGAGGGUUCUGUCAUUUUAGCUUCUCUUCCAAAUGCUCUGUGGCACUCUAAUGUGGAGGGGGGAAGCACACCACCACCACUCAUAGCUUGAGAGCAAAACAUUUAAAAUAAGCAACAUCCUUGCAGAUCCUUCACCUUAGGCCUUACUGCUCAGGGGCAGACGGCAGCCACGUGCUCUGUCCUUCUACUCCCUCAUAGCCACGCUCAACCUAUUAAAGCACGAAUGCAGGGGAAAAACAGAUUUCUAAUUCCCAUACACCAUUAUCUGUUGUACUGGUCUGACAAGACUGAAACCCUUUUGGGGGCCAGAUGCAUCGGUCAGAGAACUUUACUAGACAGCCUCUGGUGUGACAUUUAGAUUAAUGUCAUGUCGUUGUGCUGAUGUUAGCAGACCAAUUUGAUUUUUACUGUAUCUUUUGAGCACACAAAGUAUUUUAAGGGAAUGAGAUUUAUGAUUUAGACAAAGUUGGUUAUUUUCAAACUUAAAUGCCACUAAAAUUGUGGAAUGAAUAAUGCUUUAAACAUUUUAUAUCUAUUUUUUAAGUGCAAGUGUGUCCUGUGGUUCUGUAUAGAUCUAUUUUUGCUGGAGGUUUGUAUAGUCAAUGAGUGGAAGCACUAGGGUGACAUUGGUUUUAAAUGUACAAAUGUUUUAUACAUCUAUUAACUAGCAUAGCUUUAAGUAAAGGAAAACAAACAUUUAUUGGUUUCACUUUUGUAUAAAUUUUCUACUGAGUAGAAUAGCGCUAAGGUUAAUUGACAAUUUUGCAAAUUCUAAGAAAGCAAAAGUACAAUUUUAAGACGUUGCUGCAGCUUCUGUUUGACUGCACUGGUUAUGGGUGAGGCUUUCUUACUGGGCUAGUUGCCCAUGUUCUGUACAUCUUUUGUAUCUUGCUGAUUUUGUUUCUUCUUUUGAGAAGGGAACGUGUAGUCUGGGUGAAGAGUUGUUACUCAUUUUCAUUUCCUCACGUGAUUCGACUUUGCCCGACUGAUCCUAAAUGUGGGCCGACCUAGUGGCUCACCCCUGGUAGUUUGUCUUGUUGUAUAAAUGGAUUGUUUUGAUUGGCUACCAGUCCCUCACCUGACCAGACACACAUUCCUGUAGCCAAUCAUAUCUCUGGUACAAAUGUAUAAGCUGCAGCAAUAAAUUCAUUUUAAGAUGG